AUGGCGUCUACUCCCCUGCGUGGGGCUGAUGGGAGCCCUGAGGGGGAGGGCAGCACGAAGCGCAGCACUGGGGUGUAUAGGGACCUCAGCAGCAACAGCAGCAGCAGCAGCAGCAAGCCUGGAAGCAGCAGCAGCAGCAGCAGCAGCAGCAGCAGCAGCACGUCUCGCCGGCCCAAACCGAGCAGCGCGCAGCAGAAUCUGCUGCAGCGCAGCGCGAGCAGCAGCGUGCAGCACAGCCGCCCGGCCUGCAGCAGCCAGGGCAGCAGAACCAGCAGCAGCAGCAGCAGCAGCAGCAGCAGCAGCAGCAGCAGCAGCACGGAGAACAUCAAGGUGGUGGUGCGCUGCCGCCCCAUCAGCGCAGCAGAGCAGCGCAGCAGCAGCAGCACAGCAGUGCACAUAUGUGCGGAGACGCAGCAAGUGUCAGUUUUGCUGCCAGCAGCAAGCAGCUACCGGCAGCAGCAGCAGCAGCAGCAGCAGCAGCAGCGCAGCAGCAGAGUCUUCAGGUUCGACGGCGUCUGCCCCGUCAGUGUGCAGCAGGAGGAGCUCUUCAACGCCCACGUGCUGGAGGGCUACAACUGCACUUUGUUUGCCUACGGGCAAACGGGGACAGGAAAGACCUACACUAUAGAAGGGCCCCACGACCAGUACGCGCAGUACUUGCGCAGCAGCAGCAGCAGCAGCAGCAGCAGCAGCAGCAGCAGCAGCAGCGGCGGCGGCGGCAGCAGCAGGGGAGGUGGCGGCAGCACGUCGAGCAGCAGGAGCAACAGCAGCGCCGGCCUGGCCAAAGUGCCUGCUGCAGCAGCAGCAGCAGCAGCUGCUGCUGCUGCUGCUGCAGCUAGCAGCAGCAGCAGCAGCAGCAGCAACGCCGCAGCUGACACGGAGAGCAUCCUCAGCUGCAACGGCUGCAGCAGCAAAAGCUGCAGCAGCAGCAGCAGCAGCAGCAGCAGCAGCAGCAUUGAGCUUAACCCAGAUGCAGGCAUUUUGCCCCGCGCCGUUUGUUAUAUCUUCGAGCAGCUGCAGCAAGCCAGCAGCAGCAGCAGCAGCAGCAGCAGCAACUACAUGCUGCGCUGCAGCUUCUUAGAAAUAUAUAAUGAGGAGUUGGUGGAUUUGCUGGCCCCGCCUGCAGCAGCAGCAGCAGCAGCAGGGUCGUCAGCAGCAGCAGGCCAGCAGCAGCAGCAGCCCAAGUUGAGGAUCUACGAAGAGCAGCAGGGAGACAACUACAGCAGCAGCAGCAGCAGCAGCAGCAGCAGCAGCUGGGGUGCAACAAGAGGCCCAGGAGCUGUUCGAGUAGAUGGCCUUACAGAGAAGAGAGUCAACAGCCCCCAGGAGGUGUUCGCGCUGCUGCUGGGGGCAGCGCCUCGCCGCAGCUUCGCCUGCAGCGGCAGCAACUCGAGAAGCAGCAGAAGCCACACAAUCUUUUCUCUUUCUGUUUGCAUUUCGGAGUCUCCAAGUGUGUCUUCUGCUGCUGCUGCUGCUGCUGCUGCUGCUGCUGCUGCUGAGGAAGACAGCAGCAGCACGCGGCAGCAGCAGCAGCAAGGAGUGGUCGCAGUAGAGGAGGUCCACCGGAAAAGCAGCAGCAGUAGCAGCCGCACCAAAACAGCAGCAGCAGCAGCAGUAGCAGCAGCAGCAGUAGCAGCAGCAGCAAAAACAGAAGCAGUAGCAGCAGCAGCAGCAGCAGCAAAAACAGCAGCAGUAGCAGCAGCAGCCGCAGUAGCAGCAGCAGCCGCAGCAGUAGCAGCAGCAGCAAAACCGCAGCAGCAGCAGCAGCAGCAGCAAAACAGCCGCACUAGCAGCAGCACUAGCAGCAGCAGCAGCAGCAAAGCAGCCACUAGCAGCAGCACUAGCAGCAGCAGCAGCAGCAGCAGCAAAGCAGCCGCACUAGCAGCAGCAGCAGCAGCAGCAGCAGCAGCAGCAGCAGCAGCAGCAGCAGCAGCGUGUGCGGGACAGUUUGGGGGGCAGCACGAAGACCUGCCUCAUUGCCACCAUCGGCCCCACAGGAGACACUUUGGAAGAGACUUUGUGCACAUUAGAUCUCGAGAUGCGCUGCUGUCGCAGCUGCUGUCGGAGAAUGGGCAGCUGCGGCUGCUGCUGCAGCAGCAGCGGGAGCGGGAGGGGGUGUUUUUGCCAGUGGAGUUGUACAAGCAGCAGCAGCAGCAGCAGCAGCAGCAGCAGCACGCGCUGCAGCACCACGCCGCGCUCCUCCAGCAGCUCCAGCAGCAAGUCAAGGCUCAGCAGCAGCAAAUCCAGCAGCAAAACGAAACUCAUCAGCAGCAGCUGCAGCAAAUGGACGCGCUUCGGCUGUCUUUACAGCUCAGCCAGAACAGCCUAAAAGAAGAGCAGCGGAUAACCGAAGCUCUGCAGCAGCAGCAGCAGCAGCACUCUGCAGCAUCUGCUGCUGCUGCAGACUCUCUACGACGGGCAGUUGAGGACAUCACGGUGCUCCAACAGCAGCAGCAGCAGCAACAGCAGCAGCAGCAAGCUGCAGUAGCAGCAUGCACUCAAUUUUCUUCUUCUCUAGAGGCUGAUGCAGCUGCUGCUGCAGCGCAGCAGCAGCUGCUGCUGCAGCAAGUGCAGCAGUUUCUGCAGCAGCUACAGGAGACUGAACAGCAGCGCCAAGGCUCUGCAGAAGCGGACGCAGCAGCAGCAGCAGAGCAGCAGCAGCAGCAGGCACUGCUGCUGCAGCAGCUGCAAGAACACGGUGUCUUGAUGCAGCGGCUGCGAGAGAAGCAAAAGGAGCAGCAGCAGCUGCUGCAGCAGCAGCUGCUGCUGCUGCAGCGAAAUACAGAGGCUUUGGACGCAGCAACAAAGGCAAGCCGUGCCGCGGAGCAGCAGCAGAAGCACACAUUGCUGCUGCAGCAGCUGCUGGACACUGCAAAGCAGCAGCAAGAAGACUGCCUUAGAGCUGCAGAGCAGAACAUCACUUCAACCCGCAAGGAGUGCAGCGCGAAGCAGCAGCAGCUGCAGCAAACGCUGCAGGGUUUGGUGUCUACUGUUGCUGCUGGGGGUGCAGCAGCUGGGCAGCAGCUGCAGCAGCUGCAGCAGCGGUUUGAGGAAGAAGCGGCAGCAACGCAGCAGCAGACAGAGGCAGCAGCAGCAGCACUUGCUGCUGCAGUGCAGCAGCAACUCGCAGCAUUUGUGAAAGCGCAGCAGGCUGCAGCAGAGCAGCAGCGCCAGCAGCUAGUGCAGGAGCUGGCUGCGGCUCAGCAGCAGCAGCAACAGCAGCAAGCAGCACAGAAUGCAGCAGCAGACAAGGCAAGCUCUGCUGCUGCUGCUGCUGCUGCUGCAGCAGACGACGUGUCCCUGAACGCCACUAACUUGCUGCAUCAGAUGCUUGCUGCUGCUGCUGCAGCAAGAGAAGAGCAGCACAACUCUUUAGCAGCAGCAAAAGAGGAAGAAACAAAAGAAAUGCUGCAGCAGCUCAAGGCCACCAGUGACUGCUGCACCGACACUAAACAAAAGGCAGACGCGGGGCAGCAAGGUUUGCUGCAGUGCCUCGACACGCUGCAGACGCAGCAGCAGAAGGCAGCAGCUGCUGCACAGGCAGCAGCAGCAGACCUGAAUGCUGCAGCAACGCGUGCUCAGCAGCAGCAGCAGAAGUUUGCAGCAACUGCAGCAGCAGCCAUCGAAGCAGCAGCAGCGGCAGCAGCCAGCAGCAGCACAUGCUGCAGCCAAGCAGCAACAGAAGCAGCAGCACGAGCUACCGCGUUUGCUUCAGAUGUGGAGCAGCAGCUCCGCAUUUGCAGGAGUUCCCCCAGUGGAGACCCAGGCGCUGAAGCAGACUGCAGCAGCGGCAGCAGCAGCAGCAGCAACAGCAGCAGCAACGGCAGCAGCAACAGCAGCAGCAGCCCUUGUUGCUGCAGCGCCUGUGCUGCUGCAGCAGCAGCUGAACGCUGGCAGUCGUGGAAGCCCAGCCCAUUGCCCCCGUUGCUAUCUGCUUCUGCUCUGAGGCUCAAGACGAAGCCAGCAGCAGCAGCAGACCUAAGCAGCAGCUGCAGCAGAAGCAGCAGCAGCAGCAGCAGCAGCAGCAGCAAAGUAAACAAGAGAAAGAAGCAGCAAAAACAGGGACAAGGGGGAGGCUGGCCAAAGGCGAGGCCUCAAGAGGCUGGCAAAAAGAAAAAGAGCUGA